AUGAAGUCCGCGGCGCUCUUGGUGAGCCUCUUGUCUUUGGCGUCGUCCAUCGAUGCCUCUCACCAUCCACAGACGCUCAAACUCGAAGGCCGCCAUGCUAAGCGCACUCGCACGUCGAGACUGCACAUGAGAGCGUCAAACCAGAGCCAUGUCGUGGAUGUGCCGCUGACAGACUGGAUCGCAAACACCGACCUCCAGUGGUACAGCACCAUCGAAGUCGGCACGCCCCCUCAGAAAUUCACCGUCAUGUUCGACACCGGUUCCACGGCGCUCGUGCUGCCAGCCACGGGGUGCACGACAUGCGGAAACCACACUCUCUUCGACGCCGCGCAGUCGACUUCAUUCUCCUCGUCUCCAGGCGAAGAUGUCGUGCGCGACUUCAGCACCGGCGCAACCAGCAUGCCGAUCGCCGACAGCGAAGAGGCCAAUUGCACCAUUGUCACUGACGUCGUGACUCUCGAUGGCCUCACCUCCGCCGAACAAAUGUUCGCCCUCUGCAGCCAGUACCCCGAAGCCUUCGCCGACGUGCCGAUGGACGGAAUCCUGGGGAUGGGAAUCUCCUCACAGCUCGCCGACGACGCUAUGGUCUCGAGUUUCUGGAACUGGUACAGCAGCGGCCUGCUGCCGGAACCCGUGUUCUCCUUCUAUCUCAUCCCGGGGUCUGCAGAGGGCGCCGAGUUGACGCUCGGAGGCAUCGAUCACUCCAAGUACACCGGCGAACUCACCUAUAUCAAUCUAAACCAGGACCUCAGCGCGCUCUCGGAAGCCUUUGUCGUUGAUCUGGUCACGCUCUACAUCAACGACGAAGAGGCCCUCGUUACUGGCAACUCGAGCACUAGCCUUUGCGGCCAACCGGCUCCAUUCAAGGCCGGUCUCGCUGCUCUUGACACUGGUACAGCUUUCCUUCAAACACCCGAUAAAAUCUCGGCCGAGGAUAUCUACGCCCAGAUCUCCCCGCUGAUCACACAAAUCGAUCCAGCCGGUGCUUGGGGUGCGCCGUGUGCCGUGCUAGACGCUGUUGCGCCCAAGCUCACCUUCGUCAUUAGCAGUGGAGAGAUGGACUACUAUCUGACCGUGCCGCGCGAGUUUUUCAAUCUCGGUGAAUACCCCGGCCAGCCCGGUAUUUGCCAGGCUGUCUUUAACAAUCCUGUUGAGAGCAUGGAGGAUCCGACUGGUGAAGGCCGGCCGGUGUGGAUUUUGGGCUCGCCGUUCCUGAAGCCUUACUAUACUGUUUGGGAUGGGUUGAACUUGAAGGUCGGUUUUGGACAGGCUGUGUAA